GAAGAUAAAAGAAACAAACAUGGCGUCCAGUGCGGCGACCCGGACUGCUGCUGGUGCUGCUAAAGUUGUCAAGCCGAUUUUCAGCAGGGAUCUGGAUGAAGCCAAGCGCCGAGUUCGGGAACUGUAUCGUGCCUGGUACAGAGAGGUUCCAAACACAGUGACUACCUUCCAGCUGGACAUCACAGCUCGCCAGGGAACAGACAAAGUGAGGGAGAUGUUUGACAGGAACAAGCACGUCAAUGACCCCCGUGUGAUUGACAUGCUUGUCAUUAAGGGUAAGAUGGAGCUGCAGGAGACCAUCAAUGUCUGGAAGCAGAAGACCCACAUUAUGCGCUAUUUCCAUGAGACGGAGGUACCACGCCCUGCAGACUUUCUGUCCAGAUUUUAUGUUGGACAUGACAAUUGAGCUGUACUUUCCACCCUGUUUUGUCCAGUGUAACAGAGGCUUCCCCUUAUUGAACUGUAAAUAUACACAUGAUACCCAA